CACUUCUAUUUGUUUCGUGUCCCUGAUGAAGUUUUGUCAAAGUGGCACAAAAGUGGCGCCGGCUCAUAGCAUAAGUGACACGUUAUUGUAUCUGUUUUUCAAAUUUUUAUCAAAUUUUUUUCAUUUCAAGUUCAAUGUUACGAAACAAUUGAUUAUCUCAAUUUCCUAUACAUCGAUCAUCAAUACUAAUUUAGACAAAUAGAUAAAACGUCUGGAAGAGCAUCACAACUUUAACGACAAGAAACAAAUGAGGAUGAUAAGGUUAUCUCCGUGUACGUUACUUUUGGUGUACUUUUGGUUGCAUUUUUAUUUUAUCUAGACCAUUUAAAUAAUUUUAAAUUAAAAAAAAUAUAUAUAUAUAUAUUUUGUUGAUACUUGAUACUUUGUGGGCAAAAAAUAUGAAGCCGACAGCAAAACAACAACCCUCUGUAUUUGCUCGUGUAGCUUCCGCAUUAUUUUAUGGGAUUUCAUCGUUUUUAAUAACCGUGGUGAAUAAAACAGUGUUAACAAGCUUUGAUUUUCCAUCAUAUCAAUUCCUCGGUAUUGGACAAAUGUUAACGACAAUAAUUGUUCUCUUCAUUUGUAAAAAACUCAAAUACGUCAACUUUCCUAACCUACAAGCUGAUACAUUAACGAAAAUUUGGCCACUACCAAUCAUCUUCAUAGGAAAUAUGGUUUUUGGACUUGGUGGAACAAAGCAGAUAAGUCUUCCAAUGUUUACAGCACUCAGGAGAUUCAGCAUUCUAAUGACGAUGAUCGCUGAAUAUUAUAUCCUUGGUGUCAAAGCUGGAAAGCUCGUCCAGGUUAGUGUUUAUACCAUGGUUUUGGGUGCUCUGGUGGCUGCUUCCAAUGAUCUUGCAUUCAAUUUGGAGGGAUACAUCUUUAUUCUCUUAAACGACUUUUUCACCGCUGCCAACGGCGUAUACACAAAGAAAAAAUUGGAUUCCAAAGAACUAGGAAAAUAUGGCCUUAUGUACUACAAUUCUCUAUUUAUGAUAUUGCCAGCGAUCAUUGUCGUUUGGUGGACAAGGGAUCUCGAAGAAGUACUUAGGUUCAAAUACUGGAGUGAUCCACUCUUCAUUAUUCAAUUUUUCCUAUCGUGUAUUAUGGGCUUCGUACUUUCAUAUAGUGUGAUUCUUUGCAUGAUUUAUAAUUCAGCAUUAACAACCACAAUUGUUGGAUGUUUAAAAAAUAUUUGUGUUACCUAUGUCGGUAUGAUAAUAGGCGGAGAUUAUAUUUUCUCAUUAAUCAACUUUUUAGGAUUGAAUUUAAGUGUAAUAGGUAGUUUAAUUUACACAUGGGUUACUUUCCGAAGAAAAGUUGAACCCGCUGAAGCAAAAUAUUCUCCCUUGAAAGAAGAAACCGACUCAAAGGGAGAAAUUGUUUGAUCCCUAAGAAUCCUUCUCGUUUGAGAAGGCAUCAAUUUUCCGAAAGAAUUCUAUCGCGCUGUAUAAAGAAAGCUUUUAUAAAGUCAAAUUGUACAGUUUAAAAAGUGAAAAUACAAUAUUGAUAGCUUUUUUGUUUUGCUCAAAAUGUUUCUUCAUUUAAGAGGCACUAUAGUAAAUCACAGUAUUUUGAAUUGCCAAAUUGUAUUUUUAAUUGAAAUAUUUUUAACUGUUCAUAGAUAUCUUGAGAAAGAUUAAAUUACUAACAAUUAAUUAUUAGAAGAUUGAAUAUGUGAUUAAACUAUGUGCAAAUAACUGAAUGACGUAAGAGAGUAGAUGUCAUUCAAAUCUAGGAAGAAAUUCCUUUCAUUAUAUAUCAUAGGAAAAUAAUUUUAUUGCUCCUGCCUGUUUUACUAAAUAGAAAAAUUUUAUUGAACUUUUAAUUUGCAACAUCUUUAAUUUUUGUAAUUAAUUUUUAAUUGAAAAUUAAAAAUUAAAAAUUUUAUAUAAGUAGUGAAAUUCAAACUAAAUUUUAAUUUACUUUCAAUUAAAUACAAAAUUGAAAGUUAAUUUAAAUUUAUUGUUUAGUGAAUAUUUUAAUCUUUUAUUGUUUCUUCUUAACUAAUUCCUCCUCAAACCAAAUAAGUUUUUCAUUCUUCCUCAUUCAAUAGUCUAUUCUUUUCUAGUCUUUCUUCGAAAUAUUUCAGAAACCUACCUCGUUUAUACUAAUCAUUCUAACUUUAAAACUUUUACUCAACUUUUUAUUCCUUUGACAAAUGAAGAAAAAUCACUUUUUUCUUCUUAAUUCCAUAUUUUCCAUGACAAAAUAAUUUUUUCAAAUUUGAUAUUCUAACCAAAUAUACUUACUUUUGUUGAAUCUAUAUUAUCCAAACAAUGAAGUUUCCAACACAUAGAAGUGUAGAAUCAGAUGCCAUAUUUAUCUCCAUUUAUUUUAAAAGACAUAACAAUAUGAGCAUUAAAUACUGCGAUGUAAAUAUUAUAUAUAAAUAUAGUAAUAUAAAAUAAUAUGUGAUGCGUUCUGAAGAAAGUGAAAAAAAGAAGAACUUUUAAUCAAAGCGAAAUUCGUUUGUUCCCUUUCUUCCGAGCGCAUCACAUACAAAUUUGUGUAUAUUAAUUUUAAGUAUUAUUUAAUUAUAUUUCUUAUAAAAAUAUUUUUUGUUUUCCAAAAAUUUCAAAUGAAACUCUGAUCUGAGAAACAUUAGUAUUAUAAUUAUAAUUAUAAUAAAAUAACGUCAGUGUUUCAUUGAAUUAAUUUUAAGAAUUGAGUAUUAAAUACAUCAGUAGUUUUUUUUUUUUUUUACUUAUUUUGAACUUUAUAGUGCCUCUAUAAAUGCAUAAUUAAAUAAAAUAAAAAUUAAAUUAAUUAUAAAAUGCAAAACUGCCUGAAAUUUUUAUUUUAUUUAACUAGGACGACGAUUAAUAGUUAUUUUCGUAUCAAGAGACAAAAAUUAUUUUAUUGUUUUGUAAUUUCAAUUCUAUAUAUUUUUCGUUUUAGGCAGAAUUGUAUAUAUAUUAUAUUAAGAAUACGAAUUAAAAAGAUUUCGAAGAAGAAGUGUAGAUAAAAAUUGUUAUGGUUAUUUAAUUAAAUUAUCAUCAUUAUUAUUCGUUAUUCGAUUCUAUUAUUAAUUAUGCUGCGUUAAAUUCUGUGAUUGAAAUCUUUAAUUGUUUGAAUGAAAUGGAAUGAUAUUGGUUCGAGUAUGAAUAAGUAUUUGCUACAUGUACCAAAGCAAAAAAAAAAAAAAAAAAAAUGAUACUACCAGAAUGAUGUGCCAUAUAAAAAAUGGCUGAAAUCACCAAAUCACUUCGAAGCUUAUUAAUUAAUUGUAAAUUAAUUAAUUAUCUAUGUAAAAUAUUGUACAAUAAAUUUUUGUUAGUGGGAAAAAAAUACUUUCUACGCUUGUACAAAAAUGGAAUUAUUAAUAAAUUUUGAUUAUUAUUAUUAA